AGCCGCCCGCCCGCCCCUCCCUCUCACACCCGCCCGCCCGCCCGCGGCUGCUCACUCCCACUCACCGGCUGUCCAUCCAUCCAUCCAUCCAUCCACCCGGCGGCUGGUUGUGAGGGGGAAAGGCCGGUGAUCGGGGGCCCCGAGGCGGCGGCGAUGAUGAUGUUGACGGGGAAGAAGAGUGAGGAGAGACAAAGCGGAGCUGGAGGUGGAGGCGCCGGGCCUGAGGGAGGCCUGGAGGCGCCGGCGGACGGGCCGGGCCCGGGUCCUGGGCCCGGUCCUGGUCCUGGGCCGGGUCCAUGCAUCGGCCCCGGCCCCGGCCCCGGCUCCGGCCCCGGUCAGGGUCAGGGUCAGGGUCAGGGCAUCGGCCUGGGGCUGGGGCUGGGCUUGGGCCUAGGCCCCGGGGGUCCGUGCCCGGGACUGGGCCUGGGCUUGGCCGCCGCCUCCUCCGCCGCCGCCGCUGCCGAGCGCACCCCCAAGAAGAAGGAGCGCGCGUCGCCGCACAGCAGCAGCAGCAACGAGGGCACCGCGGAGGGGGGCACGGCCGAGACCCCCGACGGCCGCAGGACCAGCAAACGCAAGCGGGCCAAGGUUGAGUACAGAGAGAUGGACGAGAGCUUGGCAAACCUGUCAGAGGAUGAGUAUUAUUCGGAGGAGGAACGCAAUGCCAAGGCUGAGAAAGAAAAGAAGCAGGUGCCACCACCUCAGCCUCCACCACCUGAGGAGGAGAUUGAAAGUGAUCCAGAAGAACCAUCUGUGCAUUGGAGCAACAUCAAUCUGGCAGGGUCGAUCGCCGGUGUUGAGGGUGCUGCUUUCCAAAGUCGCCUACCUCACGAUCGCAUGACAUCCCAGGAAGCAGCCUGUUUCCCCGACAUUAUCAGUGGUCCAGCGCAGACCCAGAAGGUGUUUCUGUACAUCAGAAACCGCACACUGCAGCUCUGGCUGGAUAACCCUAAGGUACAGUUGUCCUUUGAGGUAACUCACCAGCAGCUGGAGUCUCCUUAUAACAGUGAUGCAGUACUAGUUCACAGGAUACACAGUUACUUAGAGCGUCAUGGUCUAAUCAACUUUGGUAUCUACAAACGGGUGAAACCACUUCCAACAAAGAAGACCGGGAAGGUUAUAAUCAUAGGAGCUGGAGUGUCAGGUCUGGCAGCCGCUCGCCAGUUACAGAGCUUUGGCAUGGACGUCAUUGUUCUGGAGUCAAGGGACCGUGUUGGAGGACGUGUUGCCACGUUCAGAAAGGGAAACUACGUUGCUGAUCUGGGGGCCAUGGUGGUGACAGGACUUGGUGGAAACCCAAUGGCAGUGGUCAGCAAGCAAGUUAACAUGGAGUUGGCCAAAAUAAAACAAAAAUGCCCCCUGUACGAGGCAAAUGGGCAGGCUGGAGAAAGAUGCACAAACGUACCCAAAGAAAAAGACGAGAUGGUAGAGCAAGAAUUCAACCGUUUACUGGAGGCCACAUCUUACCUCAGCCAUCAAUUAGACUUCAACUACCUAAACAACAAACCUGUCUCAUUAGGGCAGGCAUUGGAAGUAGUCAUACAGCUGCAGGAGAAACAUGUGAAGGACGAGCAAAUUGAACACUGGAAGAAAAUUGUGAAGACGCAAGAGGACCUGAAAGAAUUACUUAAUAAGAUGGUAUCGCUGAAAGAGAAAAUUAAAGAGCUGCAUCAACAGUAUAAAGAAGCCUCUGAGGUGAAACACCCUCGUGACAUCACCGCAGAAUUUCUGGUAAAAAGUAAAUUGAGAGACCUGACUGCUUUAUGCAAGGAGUAUGAUGAACUUGCAGAAGCCCAGGUGAAGCUUGAAGAAAAACUCCAAGAAUUAGAGGCGAACCCACCCAGUGAUGUUUACCUGUCAUCAAGGGACCGGCAGAUACUGGAUUGGCAUUUUGCUAACUUGGAAUUUGCUAAUGCAACACCACUUUCCACUCUUUCGUUGAAACACUGGGACCAGGAUGAUGACUUUGAAUUCACGGGCAGUCACUUAACAGUACGGAACGGUUACUCUUGUGUUCCUGUGGCACUUGCCGAAGGCCUUGACAUUAAAUUAAAUACAGUUGUUCGACAAGUCCGCUAUACUGCCUCAGGAUGUGAAGUCAUUGCUCAGAACACUCGUUCCAACAGCCAGACGUACAUUUACAAAUGUGAUGCCGUUUUAUGUACUCUCCCCCUGGGAGUGUUGAAACAGCAGCCGCCGGCAGUUCAGUUUGUACCACCCCUCCCUGAGUGGAAAUCAUCUGCUAUUCAGCGUAUGGGCUUUGGAAACCUCAACAAGGUUGUAUUGUGUUUCGAUCGUGUGUUCUGGGACCCCAGUGUAAAUCUUUUUGGUCAUGUUGGAAGCACUACUGCCAGCAGGGGAGAAUUAUUUCUUUUCUGGAAUCUCUAUAAAGCCCCGAUCCUGUUGGCCUUGGUGGCUGGGGAAGCUGCAGGGAUCAUGGAGAACAUCAGUGACGACGUCAUUGUUGGCCGAUGCUUAGCCAUCCUCAAAGGAAUAUUUGGCAGCAGUGCAGUACCACAGCCGAAAGAAACUGUCGUUACUCGCUGGCGAGCGGAUCCUUGGGCACGUGGCUCCUAUUCCUACGUUGCUGCUGGCUCUUCGGGUAAUGACUAUGACCUGAUGGCACAGCCUGUCACCCCAGGCCCCAGCAUCCCUGGUGCUCCUCAGCCCGUGCCCCGCCUUUUCUUUGCUGGCGAACAUACCAUCCGCAACUACCCAGCGACAGUUCAUGGUGCUUUACUGAGUGGAUUAAGGGAAGCCGGUCGGAUCGCGGAUCAAUUUCUGGGGGCGAUGUACACCCUCCCUCGCCAAACUACGCCCGCCCAGCAGCCCAGUAGCAUGUAACUCCGAAAAGGGAAGAAAUUGCAUUACGGACGUCGCUCCGAUUAGAUUUGAGCUGGAAACACAAAGCUGCUGCUGCUGCUUUAACAGUGGACCUGCUGUAGAUUUCAUGCACUGACUGGUCUCCUCAAUACUGCCAAGUGUUUGGGGGCAUCAAGUUCAUGAGAUUGAGCGAAAAGGUGCAGCAUACUCGGGGAAGUGGGAGCACUUCUGACCAAAUCACAACUCAUUCUAAUGCCUUGGGUAUUCUGUAGCAUUAACUGCUGUGCAAAUGCAUCAGAACUUUUUGUCUUAUGAGAGCAAGUGUGUGUGUGUGUGUGUGUGAGUGUUAAUGUUGAUGUGUUUUUUUUCCCGGCCAUAUUAGUAUGAGCUUUAGGAUAUUUUGAGUGUGUAUUUACACAAAUAAACUACUUUUGGCCACAUUUUUUAAAAAUCAAAUUGGCAUUUCAUUUUUUUGCCUGUCACUGUAAACACUAGGGCUGCAAACUUUGCUCCAGCUGUACCACUUACAAUGUUUACACUUCACAAUAUUUAUGGAAAGGUUUUUUUCGACCGCUCGCUGUUGCUGAGAUGAAUUUCCGUUAAAAAAAUAAUGUCACUCAAUUUCCCUAAUCAUUUUGAAGAUGUUAUGUGAUGUCUAUCUAGCUUGUCAGAAUCACCAAUAUUGCUCAAUUAUUUUAACAUUGCUUGAUCAAAUAUUUUUUGGAAUGUAUUGAAAGCACCCGACUGAUGGUUCAUGGAAAUCCAUUGUCACUCAGCUAUGUUAUUCGGGGACAAUUCAACCAAUGUGUGGUUUGAAGUCUCCUCGAAAAACGCAGUAACUUCUCACCAUCCAGCUGUUCAGUCUUGGCCCAGAAAAUAAACACAAGUUCUGAA